CUUUGAGAGGCACUCGCCAACAGCCAAAAGGCGAAAGGUGUGUGCUCCCCUAUUCCCUGUGGUUGGGAUUUAGGGUUCUUAGGGCCCGGCGAGCUAGAUCUGGGAUGCGCUAGGCGAUUCCAGGAGCGGGCGAGCAAUGUCGGGGGCCGGCGCCGAGGUUCUGGACCGGGAUUUGCUCUUCAAGAAGCUCAAGGCGCGGCCGGAGAACAAGCUGUGCUUUGACUGCAAUGCCAAGAAUCCGUCGUGGGCCUCCACAACGUAUGGAAUUUUCGUGUGCCUUGACUGCUCCUCGAUGCACAGGAGCCUCGGUGUCCACAUUAGCUUCGUGAGGUCCACAAUCCUAGACUCUUGGAGUCAAGAGCAUUUAAAACUCAUGGACUUUGGUGGCAAUGCCCGAGCGCAGACCUUCUUUAAGCAGCAUGGGUGGACCGAGAGUGGUAAGAACGAGUCCAAGUAUAAGUCUAGAGCGGCUGAUCUCUACAGGCAGCUUCUUGCCAAAGAAGCCGCCGCUUGUAACGGACGUUCCUCGACAAACUCCAAGGUUCCGGACGAGAAAACUAGCGAUGAUUCUUUCUUCUUCGACAAUUUUGCUCCUCCAGCAGUAACAGCAGCAGGAGCUCCAGCUCCAAUUCCGGCUGCUGCUACCACCACCACUACUGUUUCUUCAAGGAAGCCUGCGCAAGUUCUCGCAAAGAAAAACGGCGUGACCAAGUCCGGUGGCCUGGGAAUCAAGAAGCUCACAGCCAAGACAAAUGAUAGUCUUUACGACCAGAAGCCAGAAGAGAUUCCUCCUGCGGUGUCCCGAGCGCCCGCUCCUGUCCCUGCGCCCCAGCCUCGAAUUGCGCGUUUUACUUGGAAAGACGAGGAGUCGUCAAAGUCCACAAAUGGGCAUAUUUCGGCGCCAUCGGCUAAUGGAGACUUUUUCUCCCAGUUCUCUAAUGGAAACCACAAGUCGUCUGCUAGCACUGCCCGCUCCAAACAUGUCGAAGAAAGCAACGAGGCACAGAAGAAGUUCGCCAACGCCAAAUCGAUAUCGUCGUCCCAGUUUUUCAACGAAAACAAGGUCACCACCGUCGAUGCUGACAGCCAAACGCGUCUCAUGAAAUUCUCGAGCUCCUCGUCAAUUUCCAGCGAUGAUUUCUUCGAGCGCCAGAAGCGAUACCAACAAGAUGGCGACUCCGAUCCAACCGAUCUCGAUCUAUCCGCCGCCGACGUUGUGGCGAAAUUUUCCAUGCAGGUCCUCUCAAUCCUGGGAGCUAACUGACGGUGGGGAGCUCGAUGGAGACAAUCAUUAUUUUAUUCUUUCCCGAUUCGUUGUAAAAAAAAUGGAUUGAUUCUCAAUAAUUCUGGUCGAAAAGAAUAUUUUGUGCA